AUGGAUAAAUAAAUCAUCAGUUAGCUUAAAAAAUACUCAAUCAAGAUUUAUAAGGAUUGCUUCAUCAUUGAUUCCUUUAUUGAAGGCCGCAAGGCUUCUAGAUGGAGCAAAGAGUCUGCUCAACUUCAAGCCAUUUCAGAAACAGUUGAUUUUUUGUGGAUUUAAGUCAGGGAUUACAAAGCAGGUCCAUAAGUAUAAGAGAAGACUUUAAUGGUUAAUUAGAUACAGGGUAUUGAGCAUCUGCUAGAUCCUGAUCAGUUUUAAAAACUAUUCUAAUCAAUUAGGGAUAUUUUGCCUGAUAAUUUUAGAAUGGGAAAUUUCAUGCUUGAAUCUUAUACUAUCCCAAAGAAUUUUAUUGAAUUAGAAAAUGACAUGAAUCGACGAGACCAUGUAAACUACUAUAAGAACUAGAUGAGUAACUGGAUUGUAAAUAAAGGUGCUGGCACAGUUAUAGAAAUUAUUCCAAGAACUUCAAAGGAUACUCUCUUGGAUUAUUAUCAUUACAAAAAACAUUUCCCUUGCAGAGUGUCUAGGAACAUUUGCAAGCCAUUUUAUUUUAUGAAAAAGAUUGCUUCUAAUCCAGAGGAAUAUUCAAAUCUAUAAUCAUCUUAAAACACACCUGAAUUAGUCCACAAAAAAGGAGAGGGAUUAGAAAUUUAAAAAGUCUAGCCAGAAUAGAAAUUCACAAUUAAGAUAAGUUUGACUGUGUGGAUUAACUCCACUAUUGACAACGCUUUUGAAUCAUAUGUGUUCAAUGAGCCCAGAGUAUCCUUGCAAGUCGAGCCACUGAUUUAAAACUGCAAGGGCAAUCUAAAUGGAUUCUUAGAUUUUAAAGGAUUACUAAGAUACAUUUAGUUACAUUGUUAUAGAUUAUAGUAGAUGACAAAUCUUGAUGAAUAAGCUAAUAAUAUGCUGAAGAAUAUGAUGGAUAUUGUCUUCAUUUCUCUGACUUAGAUAAUACCAUACCUAAAGAAAAAUCCUAAGUUUUCCCAGCUGCUUGACUUCUAGUUUACUCUCGAUGAAUCCCUUAAGGUUUACCUUUAUAAGAUAAAGGACUAUAUGAAACUAGACUGCUCAGAUAAGAAAUUCUUUAAUGAGUGGAAAACAGUAUUGAUGAAAGAUAUAUUCAAGAAGAUAGAGGAAAAGCUCAAGCAUAUGCGUUUAAAUAAGAUGGUAUUGCCAGGUAUAGUUAAAAAUGGAGCAAAGGAAGGAGAGGAUGAAGAAAACAAAAAUAGCAUGUCUUUAGAAAAAAUAGACGAUAGUUUUGGCUCAUUUGAUGAUGAUAAAAUGCUGAAUGAGCAGUUUGACACUUCACCCAGAAAAAAGGAGAGGCAUAAUUCUAUAAUUCAAGAACCAAUGCUCGAGCCUCAAGAAGAGAAAGGUAUCAAUGCUGAUAUUUUAAGAUUUUUCUCUACAACCAAAAAAUCUCUCCCAACGUUCUACUAUUACAAAUAAAGAAAUCUACCUUUGAUGCAUUUCUUAUUUAGCUCUAAAAGGAUGCUAGAAAUCAGGAAAGCCAAAGACUAGGAGGAAAGGAACAACAUGACAACAAGCAAUAAUGAUUCAAGAGAGUAUGAUGCGAAUAAUGAUAGAGAGACAACUCAACUUUAAAAACUUGAAGAAUAUCUUAUGAAGAGUGAGAAGUUUGAAGAAUAAAAGUAAAGAUUCUUGCUUAUUAAGGAAUUGAACAAGCUAUUUGGCAAGGAUUUAUAUAAGAAUGCAGCAUCUGAGCUUUAAGAUAUAUUGAUGGGUAAAGCUGAUGAUGAAUUUAAGAAGCUAGAUGGUAGAGAUGUAAAGAAAAAAGCUGAAGUUGCUUUCGAAGAUGCCUUCAAAAGCAGGCAAUAGCAUAAGGUUUAUAAUCUGGACUAUUUCCUGGAUAAGAGUAGCUACUUCAAUAAAUCAAAGGAAUAGGUGUAGGCCUUGUAUAAAGCUAUUAAAGAUCCUUAGAAGUUUUAGGUUUAAUUAGAAUCAAUGGGUCUUACAGAAAAUAAAUUUGAAUACAAAGCAAAGCCAAACCCUAGCAAUGUCAAUCCAGCAACAGCGAUUAGGAGGGCAAGUUUAUUAAACCCUUUAGAAUAGCAAAUGAGGAAAAUGCUUGAGUAGCAAAGGGCCAAGGAUAAGAUGAAUAUGCUGAUAUCUGAUAUUGAUAAAGGUCCUGAGCUCCCUGAGAUUAGGACUUCUAGAGGUUCAAGUAAGGGUGGACUCAAUAAGAAAGGAGGACUAACCAAGAAUAAAUCAAUGGGAAGAUUACUUCAAAACGCUAGUUUUAUGAGACCUGAUAACUUGCAGGAUGUAGCCAUUGACCCUAGAAAAUUUGCAGAAAAGAUCAACUUCCAAAGUUUUAUAGAUUAAGUUUCUAGAAAUGAGUCAAGGGAUGGCUUUACUUCGAAAACUAGAGCCACCAAUGAGAGAUUCAUUGAGCUCAUUCAAAGAAUUGAUACUGUUUAUGACCAGUUUACACAACAGAGUCCAAAGAAGAAAACUCCCAAGAGAAAUGAAUAUGGACUGAAAUCUCCUAGAUAUUCCAAAUUUGGUAAGACUCUUCCACCCCUAAAUACUGAUCCAAGUAUCUUAGGCACUCCUGGUAAGCAUAUUCAAUCACCUAUGCUUUCGCCUGCUCUUAAAAAAUAGUCCUCUUUCCUUGAGAGAAUAAAUAGUUAGAGAGGCAACUAUAAGAGUCAAUCAAUCCUUGAACCUGCUUCAGCAAGUAAUCCAUUUAAAAUUAAAACCAAGAUUAUUGAAUAACCCACUAUAAGCAAAUGGGAGGAUGAAAGUGGUUUUAUUAAGGAGGAAGAUUAGAAGGACGAAUCUACAAUUAUUGAUCCUUUCAAAAUUUCUAGCAAGCCACCUAUUGAACAAAGUCCCAAGAAUAAGAAGCACAUCUCUUUUAACAAUUAAGUUCAAGUUCUUGACAGUGACUAAGAUGGAGAAUAUUCUCCUCGUGUGAGACUCUAAUUAACUAUUGAUACCAAGAAAGUGCAAGAGACUCCUCUGAAAUUAAAAAGACCAAUACUGAGAGAAAUGAAGGAGAUGAUAGAAGAUCUUAAGAAGGCUAAACUGAUUCAAUUAAUACCGUUUAACGUUGAAAGCAAGAGACUCGUACAAAUUCUACAAAAAGUCUCAAUGGAAGUUGAUUCUGAUGGCUUUAUUAAUACCUAUGUUCAGCUAGUUGAAGAAUGUCGUAGAAACUAUGACUUUAAAAGACUUAAUAGAAGAUUCUAAUAUUGA